CCAGACAGACAAGAAGUUAGGCUAGAAACUCGAAAUCGACCGACCGUCGCUUUCUCAUACUCUGAUCCAUUUCUCUUCUUCAUUCUCACCGUUUGCGAACAAUUGCCGCACAAACUCUUUAAUCAUUACCAAAUCAAGGAUGAUGAAACUCAGGAUUAGAUCAUUCGGAACCAAAGAAACGCUAAGAAUUGAGGUUCCCAUCCCAUGUUCUCUUCAACAACUCAAAGACAUCAUCUCUCAAACACUUAGGCCAUCAACUUCUUCUUCUCCUCCGGCGCCGUCUGAUUCAAUUCAUCUUUCUUUAAAUAGAAAAGAGGAGAUUCAAAGUUCUUCCCCCAACGAAGACACCCUUCAAUCCCUCGGUAUCACCUCGGGUGACCUAAUCUUCUACACGCUCGACCCCAGUCGAUUUUCUUCGUCUGAAUCCCUGAUUCCCAACUCUCAGGAACCUAUCUCUAGUCCGCUGGUCCAGAAUUCUGAAUUUCCCCUCAGGAUAGACCUGACCCUUGAUUCAGGAAAACCCCUGCAAAAACCCUCCUCAAUGGAGCCCCUAGAUCCACCAAAAAUUACCAAUUCAGAUCCCAGUUCACAAUUAAAGCAAGCCCAUCAACCGGAAAGUGCAAAUCUUAACGAACAAAAUGAGGGAUCAACGGAUUAUAUGGAGUUUGAUGGUAUUGAUGACCAGGAGGAAGGGGAUGAUGCGUCUGCUCUAGAGGCUGUUGGGAAUGGGAAAUCGUUUUCUGUGCCGGGAUUUUUGAGGAAAGUGUUUACAGAAGAGUUGGGUGGCGGUGAUGAUGAUGGCAGCCGCAAUCAUAAACUUUUGGUAAUUGCUAUUCACGCUGUUUUAUUAGAAUCUGGCUUUGUUGGGUUUGAUAUGAAUUUGAAAACUGAAAGUAAGGGGUUCCCCUUCAGGAAUGAUUGGCCUUCCAGUGGUUUUAGGUUGUCCCUGUUUUAUACUCUUCCUGAGAUUGUCAGUGAUGUUUCCCCCAGUUUAGAUUGCCAUAAUUGUGUUGUUGGAUUGAAGUUUCAGAAUGUAGGGAAGUUUAUGAUGGUGUAUGGAUCUUUAAAUGCUGGUUCUGCCAUGCAUUCGGUUCGGCUGAACGAGGAUGAGUUAGUGUCUUUCUUGAAUGUUGUGUGGGCUAAUUGUGGUUUAGGGGAUGAUAUUAUGAUUAGUGGAGAUGUGGUUUUAGGGGCGUCACCCGAGAAUGAGGUGUUUAAGUUUUGGAGGAAUGUGAAGGAUAAUCUUGCAUUGCCAUUGUUGAUUGACUUGUGCGAGAGUGUUGGUUUAGUGCUGCCGCCUUGCUUUAUGCGCCUUCCUACUGAUCUUAAGCUUAAAAUUCUGGAGUCAUUGCCUGGGGUCGACAUUGCAAAAGUGAGCUGUGUCUCGGCUGAACUGCGUUAUCUGGCUUCAAGUGAUGACCUGUGGAAGCAGAAGUGUGUGGAACAGUUUGGUCAUGCUUGUAAAACAGAGGACAAAGGCCCUUGGAAGGAGAAGUUUGCCAGGUUCUGGGAAAGCCGAAAGAGGAGAAAGUUGGGUUCUAGAUCUUUAUUUCGCAGACCACUUCAUCCUCGCAGGAUACUUGAUCCUAUUCCAAGGUUUCCUCAUUGGCCGGGGAUUAUAGGUGGAGACUACGAUUUGUAUCCACAAAUUCCCGGUGGGGCGAGAUUGCGGGAUCUCGGCCACUGUUCCAGGAGUCAUGUACCCCGCUGUCAGUUUGGACGAAACAGGAUAUGAUCAUGUCUGAACGCAAAGAUGGUUAGCUUUACGUGCUUGUCCUGGCACAUCAGAGUGUUUGUUGAUUGCAGUACUUUUAGACUUGUCAACAUGUCUGUUAGUUAUGUUGUUCGUUGCAAGAAUAGUUCUACAACUGAAUGCCAAGUUGGAGAUGCCUAUGGAACCUGCUUGUUUUGUUUUUCAUGUGUACUUGUUCUUGUACUUGUUUUGGUACAGUGUACAUACAUCAGUCGCUGUGCUAAUCUUAUUGGUCAUGAUACAUUAGGACUCA